AACUAACUGCUGUUGUGAACUGUACCUUAAGACAGAUAAACACUCAGGAUUUUCUGAAGAAGGGUCUAGGCCCGUCAACCUUCCUGCUCCACUGAUGCUGCUUUGGCCUGCUGUGUUCCUCCAGCUCUACACCUUGUUAUUUCAGAUUCUCCAGCAUCUGCAGUUCCUACUAUCUCAGAUACUCAGGAAUUGCUGUCUUCAUCAGGAAAACCACUUGCCAUAGUUAAAAACGGGGUAACCUGCUUAAAUACCACCUGCAGCAAUUAUAGAAAAUCUCCUUUUCUCUAAUACCAGCUGAAGAUGACCGUAUAACUGAUCAACACAGAGCAGCUCAUGGCCUUGUGACAAUGGCCUGCUCAGAUGAAGCAAAACUUGAGAUGGUUGGCCGACUGCUGAGUGAACCAGGAAGGUUUGCAUAUGGCGGCCUGUGUGGCGUUACACUGUCAUUGUUGUUUUUAGAAGAGGAACACAGGCAGUACAGAAUGAAAUUUAUUAAAGGACUUGUACAAUGGCUGCAGCUCUCAGAAUCUGUCUUGCCAGUUAUGGAGGCUUUUGCCAAUGGAAUGGGAGGCGAAGGAACAGACACGUUUGCAGACCUGCUACUAAAAGAACAGGUUUUGGAGGGUAGUCCAAUCCUCAUCACUCAGGACCUUGUCUCCUUUUCAGUGAAAGAUGGAUACUACGAUGCACGUUCGAGGGUCCUCAUCCGUCACAUCACCUGUCUCUUGCGAAUUUCAUUUGAAGAAUUGGAGACCUUUGAGGAAUCAUUGGUAAAAAGUCUGGAAGGAUGUACAGAAACAGAGUCUGAAGAACUUGAACUUUACCGGAAAACAAAAGACCGUAAAAAGAAAUUAAAGAGAUAUUUUCUCAUUGGACUUGCUACAGUGGGAGGUGGGACAGUGAUAGGCCUUACUGGUGGCCUUGCUGCUCCCUUUGUGGCAGCAGGAGCUGCUGCCAUUGUGGGAACGGCAGGAGCAGCUGCACUCGGUUCCACAGCAGGAAUUGCUGUAAUGGCAUCGUUAUUUGGGGCAGCAGGCGCUGGACUGACGGGAUACAAAAUGAAAAAAAGAGUAGGAGCCAUUGAAGAGUUUGAGUUUCUUCCAUUGACUGAUGGAAACCAACUGCAUAUCACAAUAGCAGUCACUGGGUGGCUAUGCACGGGAAAAUAUGGAAGUUUUGAGGCACCUUGGCGCUGUCUGCUGCAGUCCAGAGAACAGUACUGUCUAGCCUGGGAGUCAAAGUACUUAAUGGAACUGGGUAAUGCCCUUGAAUCUCUGCUGAAUGGCUUGGUCAAUAUUGUUGCACAGGAAGCACUAAAGUACACUGUUCUGUCAGGUAUUGUGACUGCACUGUCAUGGCCAGCAUCACUACUGACUGUUGCCAAUGUCAUUGAUAAUCCCUGGGGAGUCUGCCUCAAUCGCUCAGCUGAAGUUGGAAAGCAUCUGGCUCACGUGUUACUGAGUAGACAGCAGGGUAAGAGACCAGUCACUUUGGUUGGCUUUAGCCUUGGAGCACGAGUGAUUUACUUUUGUCUUCAGGAACUGGUUCAAGAGAAAGAUUCUGCAGGCAUUAUCGAAGAUGUUGUUUUGCUUGGAGCACCAGUAGAAGGUGGGGCUAAACAUUGGAAACCCCUCACUAAAGUGGUUGCAGGGAAAAUAAUCAAUGGCUACUGCAGGGGAGACUGGCUUCUGAAUUUUGUCUACCGUAGUUCUUCAGUACAGCUGAAUGUAGCAGGUCUACAGCCAAUUGCCAUGGUUGACAGAAAAAUGACUAAUGUGGAUCUUUCAUCCAUUGUAAAUGGACAUUUAGAUUACAUGAAGCAAAUGGACACCAUAUUAAAGGUCAUAGGUGUAAAAACUAAGGAUUGUCACUCGGAGGACAAAUGGAAUAUUGGCCCCAUUUUUAACAGUGAUGAGAACUGUGCAAAAGAAGGAAAAGAAGCAACCAAAGACGAUGUAAAAUUAAAUUCUGCUGCCAAGGUAGAGUCACAAGCAGCCAAUACUCAGUCUUCAUUCCUGAGUGGAAAAUGAUCUUCUGGACACAGCAAGAGGAAACCAGCAUUUCCCCCAUUCAAAGGGUGUGUCACCAGAAGUGCAAUCUACAUUUUGUCCUGACCUACUGCCCCUGGGUUAGGAAGUAAAACCUUAGAGGUCCCUAAUGGCAGGUGGAGUUAAGUGUAAAUUGCAAAUGAUCUAACCAUCCUGGGUCCGAUCGGAAAUGUUUUCACUAAAUGUAUUCAAAUGUAAGUAAAAUGGAUGGAUACGCCUUAAAGUCAGGGAGAAUGGGAAACUGCAACAAACCAUGUUUGCUAUCAGAAGAGUUUAGACCAAUGGAUGAUUAUUGCUUAUAUUCUGUGAAAAUCUGAAAAGCUAAUUAACUAAUAUAGUUUAAUAUUGGUCAAACAAUUACUUAAUAAAGAGCUUCUAUAAUAUCACUUUAUUAGAAGUGAACUGUCAAUAAAAAAAUUAUCCUUUUCCUACUAGUACUAACUAGGUUACAGAAUCACUUAGAUGCCUGAAUCUGUGUUGAUUUAACAGGUCUCAGCUGGAGUUCUGCAAUUGGCCUCAGCGCCCUGGAAUAGGAAAAUCAGGCAGGGUUCCUAAGCAGUCACCUCUGGUGGAAAUUGUGUUUCUUUGAUGACUUAUUGUACUUGGUAAUAAAAAGGACUUGAAUGAGCAGUUAAAAUGUCAUACUAAUAAAGGCUGUGGACCAAGUGCUGGAAUGUGAGACUAGUGCAGAUUUAGAGUAGUUUUUGUCAAUGCAGACUCAAUGGGCUGAAGGUCCUCUUCUGUACUCUGUGAUUUUAUAAUUCUGCGAUCUUUUAGCCAUUACGUGCAUUUGCCUUAUCAUAAUUCCCCUGAAGUACAAUAAUUUCGAAAAGGUGUUAUGAGCUUCACAGCAAUCAAUGGAAAGAAUCACAUGGAAAGAUUUCAUGUUUUUCAUGGAUUCAUCCCAGAACCAGUUGUCACAGUCUAAGGGUAUGGGGAAGGCUUUUUAGGACUGACAUGAGAAGAUAUUUCUUCACCCAGAGGGUAUGGAAUUCUUUGCCUCAGCAAGUGGUUGAGGCCAAAACAUUGAAUGUGUUCAAGAAGGUAUUCAAUAUAGUUCUUAUGGUUGAAUGGACCAAAGGUCGUAGGGAGAAAGUGCGAAUAAGGUAUUGAGUUGCAUGUUCAGCCAUGAUCAUGAUGAAUGAUAGAACGGGCCAAAGUAGGGAAUGGCAUCGACCUGUUCCUAUUUCCCACGUUUCUCUAUGUUACUAUUAUGUCCAAAAUUGCUUUUGCACCAGUUAUUGUAAAAGUGUGUUCUGUAGGGCAGUAUGCCUGCUUGCAGAUUUUAGGGGUUAACAGGAUUCAACCUGACUCAAAACACCCUUGAUUGAAUGUCAGCUGUGAUAUUAUGAUUCCUUGAAUAUGAAACUCAUUGACAUCUGGCAACACAAUGUGGUGUUUCCAGAAGAGGAACAUAGAAGAUAGAACAUUACAGCACAGUACAGGCCCUUCAGCCCUCGAUGUUGUGCCGACCUGUCAUACCAAUCUGAAGCCCAUCUAACCUACACCAUUCCAUGUACGUCUAUAUGCUUGUCCAAUGAUGACUUAAAUGUACCUAAAGUUGGCGAAUCUACUACCGUUACAGGCAAAGCGUUCCAUUCCCUUACUACUCUCUGAGUGAAGAAACUACCUCUGACAUCUGUCCCAUAUCUUUCACCCCUCAAUUUAAAACUGUGCGCCCCUCGUGCUCGCCGUCACCAUCCUAGGAAAAAGGCUCUCCCUAUCCACCCUAUCUAACCCCCUGAUUAUCUUAUAUGUCUCAAUUAAGUCACCUCUCAACCUUCUUCUCUCUAACGAAAACAGCCUCAAGUCCCUCAGCCUUUCCGCGUAAGACCUUCCCUCCAUACCAGGCAACAUCCUAGCAAAUUUCCUCUGCACCCUUUUCAAAGCUUCCACAUCCUUCUUAUAAUACGGUGACCAGAACUGUAUGCAAUACUCCAAGUGCGGCCACACCAGAGUUUUGUACAGCUGCAGCAUAACCUCAUGGUUCCGGAACUCGAUCCCUCUAUUAAUAAAAGUUAAAACACUGUAUGCCUUCUUAACAACCCUGUCAACCUGGGUGGCAACUUUCAAGGAUAUGUGUACACAGACACUGAGAUCUCUCUGCUCAUCUACAUUACCAAGAAUCUUACCAUUAGCCCAGUACUUUGCCUUCCGGUUACUCCUACCGAAGUGCAUCACCUCACACUUGUCCGCAUUAAACUCUAUUUGCCACCUCUCAGCCCAGCUCUGCAGCUUAUCUAUGUCUCUCUUUAACCUACAACAUCCUUCUUCACUAUCCACAACUCCACCAACCUUAGUGUCGUCUGCAAAUUUACUAACCCAUCCUUCUACGCCCUCAUCCAGGUCAUUUAUAAAAAUGACAAACAGCAGUGGACCCAACACCGACCCUUGCAGUACACCACUAGUAACUGGUCUCCAGGAUGAACAUUUCCCAUCAACUACCACCCUCUGAUUUCUUUCAGCAAGCCAAUUUCUGAUCCAAACUGCUAUAUCUCCCACAAUCCCAUUCUUCUGCAUUUUGUACAAUAGCCUAUUGUGGGGAACAUUAUCGAACGCCUUGCUGAAAUCCAUAUACACCACAUCAACCGGUUUACUCUCAUCUACCUGUUUGGUCACCUUCUCAAACAACUCAAUAAGGUUUGUGAAGCACGACCUACCCUUCACAAAACCGUGCUGACUAUCCCUAAUCAAAUUAUUCUUUUCUAGAUGAUUAUAAAUCCUAUCCCUAAUAACAUUUUCCAACACUUUACCAACCACUGAAGUAAGGCUCACUGGUCUAUAAUUACCAGGGUUGUCUCUACUCCCCUUCUUCAACAGGGGAACCACAUUUGUUAUCCUGCAGUCUUCUGGCACUAUUCCUGUAGACAAUGAUGAGUUAAAAAUCAAUGCCAAAGGCUCGGCAAUCUCCUCCCUGGCUUCUCAGAGGAUCCUAGGAUAAAUCCCAUCCGGUCCAGGGGACAUCUAUUUUCACACCCUGUAGGAUUUCUAAUACCUCUUCCGUGUGAACCUCAAUCCCACCUAGUCUCGUAGCCUGUAUCUCAGUAUUCUCCUCGACAACAUUGUCGUUUUCUGGAGUGAAUACUGUCGAAAAAUAUUCAUUUAGUGCUUCCCCUAUGCCCUCUGACUCCACACACAACUUCCCACUACUGUCCUUGAUUGGCCCUAAUCUUACUCUCGUCAUUCCUUUAUUCUUUAAAUACCUAUAGAAAGCCUUAGGGUUUACCCUGAUCCUACCCGCCAACAACUUCUCAUUUCUCCUCCUGGCUCUUCUGAUCUCUCUCUUUAGUUCUUUCCUGGCUACCUUGUAACCCUCAAGCGCCCUGAGUCUUCACAUCUCACCCUAACAUAAGCCUUCUUCUUCCUCUUGACCAGAGAUUCCACUUCCUUCAUAAGCCAUGGCUCCCGUGCACUACAGCUCCCUCCCUGCCUGACAGGUACAUACUUAUCUAGGACACACAGGAGCUUUUCCUUGAAUAAGCUCCACAUUUCUAAUGUGCCCAUCCCCUCCAGUUUCCUUCCCCAUCCUAUGCUCCCUAAAUCUUGCCUAAUCUCAUCGUAAUUUCCUUUCCCCCAGCUAUAACUCUUGCCAAGUGGUAUACACCUAUCCCUUUCCAUCACAAAAGUAAACAUAACAGAAUUGUGAUCGCUAUCACCAAAGUGCUCACCUACUUCCAAAUCUAACACUUGGCCAGGCUCAUUACUCAGUACCAAAUCUAAUGUGGCUUUGCCUCUUGUUGGCCUGUCUACAUACUGUGUCAGGAAGCCCUCCUGCACACACUGGACAAAAACUGACAAAAAGGAAGGGUGACGUGAGUACAAAACAUAAUUUGAUUUCAUAAGUUGCUGGAUUGAAAGCAGAAAACUCCAUUUAUAACGGUUGUAUGGUAACAUGCAAUUCAUUAGGUUGAUUUAACAGUUAAAAUACACAGAAAACUAAUAAUAUUUAGUUGGGGGUCAGGUGAGUAAGGUUUGAUAUCAGAGGAAGAGAUUAUCAGAUUGUAAAUAUGAGCAAGGUCCAAAAAUAUGGGUGAGAUCAAGGACAACUGAAUAUCAUCUUAGAGAGGCAGCAGGAAAAUUGUGAAGUUGUAUAUCUGCAAGAGGGUAAUUAUUUGCAAAAGGUGGCAAAUAAAUGUUUUGGCUUUUGAUUUCAAAGAGAAAGCUAUUAGCAAUGCACAGCGAUUUUAUCAGGUGUUUUGUAUUAAUACUGAGUUAGAAGGGAGAGUUCCAAACUAUUUACAAAGUUGAUUUGACCUUCGAAGGGCUCUUGGCACAUUUAUUACAAGCUGUUUGUUUCACACAAGCUUGGUACCUGUAGGAAGUCUGAGUUCAGCCGUGCUUCCCACGGUGUUAAAAGGACUUCAGUGCCGACAGCAGUCAGGAUAAAACUAAGCACAUUCUUGCCAUGUUUUCCCAAACAGUGUUUGCUGAAGUGUUUGUGAAAUUUGUGAUGAGUUGAUGAGACAUUCAAGUACAAUGUGUUGUGCUGUACAUCUUAAAAGUGAAAUGUCUAUACCAACUUAAACUGUAUAGAUGGAUAAUUAUGAAUAUUUUCUGAUGUGCUUGUUGACUUAUCCCAUCUAUUUCUGCAACCUGAUAAAUAGAUCUGAGGAAGGUCACUGGACCCGAAAUGUUAACUGAUUUUUUUCUUUACCGAUGCUGCCAGACCUGCUGAACUUUUCCAGCAGAUUCUGUUUUUGUUCCUGAUAAAUGGUCUUUCAUUCAGUCCUCCACAAAAAGGAGAGCUUUUCUUUCAUAUUUCUUUUUGAAAAGAAACUGUAUGGCAUUUGCCAGUGACCUCGUUAAUUCAGUUUUAAAGUUUCAUAUCAAUGAAGAGCAAGAAUAAUUCCGAUAUAAGGAAGCUUGAUGGGAAAGAAAGAAUUAUAUUGAUAGCUCCUAAGGAGAAAUUAUACUGGAGCGUUAUUCCUCUCAAAAUAAAACGUUUUGAAAUAUAACCCAGAAUUAACCACCUCUUCCCUGAUAGGAUUCACGGUAAUCCGUUCAGAUGUGGCUUCAAAAGGGGGUAAACAAGAUGAAGUCAAGGUGAGGAUG